ACAAAACAGCUGAUCGGAAAUUCGACUUUUGAGUAAGUGUUAACUUCUGUGGUUAAAACUAAAUUUGUGUAAAUAUUUUUUAAGAUGCCGAUUUUGUUGCGUCUCUAUAAUUUGUCAUGCAAGUCUAUAAAUGGAAAACUACUCAAUGCCCAAACAUCUUUGCAAAGGUUACCUCACACCCGUUCGGUAUCACUCAUCCCUCUGAAACGCUUUAUGAAAGAGGAACAAUUCGCCGAAAAGGACAAAGCUCCGCAAGGCUUUAAAAUAAUAUAUCGAGCGCCAAUGGAAUAUUACAUCAAAUCUGCAAAGAUUAUAUCAACCGGAAGUGCUACUCUGAUGGCUUGUUUAGCAACGUUUAAGUAUGCCACCGACAACAAGUAUGUGGAACUAGCGACCGAAAUUAAUUUGGGUCCUCUUGUGGCACAUGAUUCAGAUAUUUGGCCUAUUACUGCAGGAUUUAUUGCUAUCAAUGCAACUAUAAUGAUUUUCAUCACCAAAUAUCCAUUGAGAAUCUACAAAAAAGAUAAAAGCUACUUGGCUAUUUAUGAAGGAAUUCUUCCUCUCGGAGUAAAUCGUUUCGAAUUCAGCAGAGGACAAACAAAAGAAUGGAAGCACUUCUUGAAUCCCUGGUCACUCAUUACAUACAGAAUCAAAAAUAAGACAUCGCUGUUGCUGUUGGAUUAUUUCAAAACUCCAUCGGAGUUUAAUGAAAUGUGUUCUGAAUCUAAGGAAGAAAAAUAAUUUAUUUAGUUGACUAAUAGAAGAAAAUGUUUUUGUUUACAAA